GCAAUUUACUCGUUGACGCCGAAGACAACAACAACUGAGCGCGAGAAAGAAUGUCCGUUAUCAAUUUGUGAUUAUAGUGUGCUGUGACUAAAUUUUUAAAAACCCAAGAACUUUUUUCGCUCGUUAUGAGUAUAUAAACUUUACUUGUGUAGGUACUUUUAAAAGCAUCUAGAAUGAUUUUUAUGAGUAACCAGGUCAUCUUCAUUACUUUAGUGCAAAUUUUGGAUAUCCAAGCCCUCAUCGUUCCGGAUGAGGUUCCAUCGAUACUGUCUAUCAUAUAUUCAAAUAUCCCAACGAUAAAAAAAGGAACUGAUUCUAGGUUGGGGUAUGGAUUCCGACUGGGAGACAGGGCCGAUGUCCAGUUUCUUGUAGAACUGGGUCCCCAAACCAAUACACGUCCUCUGGCUAAUCAGCCCGACAAAAAUGGACAAAAUAGAAAAAGGAGUCCUCCUGACGACCUUAUACGGGAAUUGUACUCCAAACAUUCUGAUAAGAAACAGUAUUCGCACGAUAUGUCACAAUCGCGGCUUCUCAACGUGGCGGCCUUAUAUGCGUCUCUUGGUCAGGAAAAGCAACGGUAA